AUGGUUCACUGUGCCGGUUGCAAAAGACCCAUCCUAGACCGCUUCCUCUUGAACGUUUUGGACCGCGCUUGGCACGUCAAAUGCGUUCAGUGCUGUGAAUGCAAAUGCAACCUGACCGAGAAGUGUUUUUCCAGGGAAGGGAAACUUUACUGUAAAAACGACUUUUUUAGGUGUUUUGGGACCAAGUGUGCUGGCUGCUCGCAGGGGAUCUCUCCCAGCGACCUGGUCAGGAGGGCGAGGAGCAAAGUCUUUCACUUGAGCUGUUUCACCUGCAUGAUGUGUAACAAACAGCUCUCCACCGGCGAGGAGCUUUAUAUCAUCGACGAGAACAAGUUUGUCUGCAAAGAAGAUUACCUGAGCAACAGCAGCACUGCCAAAGAGAACAGCUUGCACUCAGCCACCACUGGAAGCGACCCCAGCCUCUCCCCGGACUCCCAAGACCCCUGCCAAGACGAUGCCAAGGACUCGGAGAGCGCCAACGUGUCGGACAAGGAGGUGGGCAGCAACGAGAACGACGACCAAAACCUGGGGGCCAAGCGGAGAGGGCCCCGCACCACCAUCAAGGCCAAGCAACUGGAGACCCUCAAAGCGGCUUUUGCCGCCACCCCGAAGCCCACCCGGCAUAUCCGUGAACAGCUGGCGCAGGAGACUGGCCUCAACAUGCGAGUUAUCCAGGUUUGGUUCCAGAACCGGCGCUCCAAAGAAAGGCGCAUGAAGCAACUGAGCGCGCUGGGGGCCCGACGGCACGCGUUUUUCCGCAGCCCCCGCCGCAUGAGGCCGCUGGUAGACCGUCUGGAGCCGGGAGAGCUCAUCCCCAACGGGCCCUUCUCCUUUUACGGAGAUUACCAGAGCGAAUACUACGGACCGGGGAGCAACUACGAUUUCUUCCCCCAAGGACCGCCUUCCUCUCAAGCCCAGACGCCGGUGGAUCUCCCUUUCGUGCCAUCGUCCGGGUCGUCAGGAACGCCUCUCGGGGGGAUGGACCACCCCUUACCUGGACACCACCCUUCCAGCGAAGCUCAGCGUUUCACAGAUAUCAUGUCACACCCACCUGGGGACUCUCCGAGCCCCGAACCCAACCUACCUGGCUCCUUGCACUCCAUGUCGGCGGAAGUUUUUGGGCCGAGUCCUCCGUUUUCCUCGAUAUCUGUCAACGGUGGUGCUAACUAUGGCAGCCACUUAUCACAUCCGCCGGAAAUGAACGAGGCUGCUGUAUGGUAGCUUUAAAUGCCAAGACUGGGGGCAGAGAAGUAAGUGG